AUGGCUGCUUUCCAGAAGCGCGUGGCUCAGGGAAAGGGCCACAGUGGCCGUGGGCAAGAGGAAGAAGGGUCUGCCUGCAGUGGGGUGCACGUCGUCCUCCCCGCCUCUCCCUCGCUGCAGCUGCUCUUCUUAGACCCGGUUUAUUCGUCCCUGAAGAACGGGCCCAUGUCGUGGGGCACGGCUGCCACCACGUGGCGGUUCACGAGCGUUCGUCACUGCGAUGGAGGGCGGGCGCUGCAGGCGCACAUGGGGGCUUCUCAGCUGCAGCGGGAGCUCCAGGCGGCACAGACCACGCACGAGAAGAUCCAGGCUGCCGAGUACGGGCUGGUGGUCCUGGAGGAGAAGCUGACUCUCAAGCAGCAGUAUGACGAGCUGGAGGCCGAGUGCGACGGCCUCAAGCAGGAGCUGGAGCAGCUGCGAGAGGCCUUUGGGCAGUCCUUCUCCAUCCACCGCAAAGUCGCCGAGGAUGGCGAGACUCGGGAGGAAACGCUGCUGCAGGAGUCCGCGUCCAAGGAAGCUUACUACCUGGGCAAGAUCUUGGAGAUGCAGAACGAACUGAAGCAGAGCCGGGCUGUGGUCACCAACGUACAGGCAGAAAACGAGAGGCUCACAGCGGUCGUGCAGGACCUGAAGGAGAACAAUGAAAUGGUGGAGCUGCAGAGAAUUCGGAUGAAGGAUGAAAUACGAGAGUAUAAAUUCCGAGAGGCCCGCCUCCUUCAGGACUACACGGAGCUAGAAGAAGAAAACAUCACGUUGCAGAAACUUGUGUCCACACUGAAGCAGAACCAGGUUGAGUACGAAGGCUUAAAGCACGAGAUUAAACGGUUUGAGGAGGAGACGGUGCUGCUGAACAGCCAGCUGGAAGAUGCUAUCCGCUUGAAAGAGAUCUCUGAGCACCAGCUGGAAGAAGCCCUGGAGACCCUGAAAAACGAAAGGGAGCAAAAGAACAACCUGCGGAAGGAGCUCUCCCAGUACAUCACCCUCAAUGAUAACCACAUCAGCAUCUCUGUCGAUGGGCUCAAGUUUGCUGAGGACGGGAGCGAGCCGAACAAUGAUGACAAAGUGAACGGGCACAUCCACGGGCCCCUGGUGAAACUGAACGGAGACUACCGGACUCCCGCUUUGAGGAAAGGAGAGUCGCUGCACCCUGUCUCUGACUUAUUCAGUGAGCUGAACAUUUCAGAAAUACAGAAACUGAAGCAGCAAUUGAUGCAGGUAGAGCGGGAAAAGGCCAUCCUGCUGGCCAAUCUGCAGGAGUCACAGACGCAGCUGGAACACACCAAGGGGGCGCUCACGGAGCAGCACGAGCGGGUGCACCGGCUCACCGAGCACGUGAACGCCAUGCGGGGCCUGCAGAGCGGCAGGGAGCCCGGGGCCGAGCUGGACGGCGAGAAGGGCCGGGACUCGGGGGAGGAGGCGCACGACUACGAGGUGGACAUCCACGGCCUCGAGAUCCUCGAGUGCAAGUACAGGGUGGCAGUGACCGAGGUGAUCGAUUUGAAAGCUGAAAUUAAAGCCUUAAAGGAGAAAUAUAAUAAAUCUGUCGAAAACUAUACUGAAGAGAAGACCAAGUAUGAGAGUAAGAUCCAAAUGUAUGAUGAACAGGUGACAAGCCUCGAGAAGACCACCAAGGAGAGUGGCGAGAAGAUGGCCCACAUGGAGAAGGAAUUGCAGAAGAUGACCAGCAUAGCCAACGAGAAUCACAACACCCUUAAUACAGCCCAGGAUGAGUUGGUGACAUUCAGUGAGGAGCUAGCUCAGCUUUACCACCAUGUGUGUCUGUGUAACAAUGAGACCCCCAACAGGGUCAUGCUGGACUACUAUAGGCAAAGCAGAGUUACUCGUAGUGGCAGCCUGAAAGGGCCCGAUGAUCCCAGGGGACUUUUGUCUCCACGGUUAGCCAGGCGGGGGGUGUCAUCCCCAGUAGAAACAAGGACCUCCUCUGAACCAGUUACAAAAGAAAACACAGAGGCCAGCAAAGAACCAAGUCCAACCAAGACCCCCACUAUCUCUCCUGUUAUUACUGCCCCACCAUCCUCUCCAGUAUUAGAUACAAGUGACAUCCGCAAAGAGCCAAUGAACAUCUACAACCUUAAUGCCAUUAUCCGGGACCAAAUCAAGCACCUGCAGAAAGCCGUGGACCGGUCCUUGCAACUGUCUCGUCAAAGAGCAGCAGCGCGGGAGCUGGCCCCCAUGAUUGAUAAAGACAAGGAAGCCUUAAUGGAAGAGAUCCUCAAGCUCAAGUCCCUGCUGAGCACCAAACGGGAGCAGAUUGCCACCCUGAGGGCAGUGCUGAAGGCCAACAAGCAGACAGCUGAGGUGGCCCUAGCUAAUCUCAAGAACAAGUAUGAAAACGAGAAAGCAAUGGUGACUGAGACAAUGACAAAACUUCGAAACGAACUGAAGGCUUUGAAAGAAGAUGCAGCAACUUUCUCGUCCCUGAGAGCAAUGUUUGCAACCAGAUGUGAUGAGUACGUCACACAGCUGGAUGAGAUGCAGAGACAGUUAGCAGCCGCGGAGGACGAGAAGAAGACUCUAAAUACUUUGUUGCGAAUGGCCAUCCAGCAAAAGCUCGCCCUGACCCAGCGGCUGGAAGACUUAGAGUUUGACCAUGAGCAGUCCCGGCGCAGCAAAGGCAAAUUUGGGAAGAGCAAGAUCGGCAGCCCUAAAAUUGUCAGCAGCCUGCUGCCUCCGUACCGCCACAGUGCUCACAACUAGCCGGGAGGCAAGACUGCCCGACUGUCAGUCCUGACCUAGCUCUCGACGAGCAGCCACAUUCCAGCUCCCCGUGCGCCCCCCUCGGCCGCCUCUCCAGGCCUCCUUCCCCCCACCCUCCGGCUCCCGCCGACGAGCAUCUGGGCUGACCGUUUGCAGCCACACGCAGGACACUGCCCGAGAUCCAGCCGGCGCCCUCACCUCGGUGGGCAGACGGAUGAUGGGAUCGGCCCGUCGCUCUGGGCGAUGAAAGAGUUGAGAAGAGCCCCACCGAGCAGACUCCGGCGUGACAACCGUCCUCUGGUUUCUCUGAGUCACAGAUAAGCUUCUGCAAUGGAACGGCUACAGUUCAAUGAAAGACCAAAACGAAACGGGACACGUGUAUCUCGGAUGACUGGCUUUAUCUCGAUCGCGUAAGAGAGACCUAAGACCAUGUAAAAUACACAUCUUGUAAAGUCACCUUUCCUCGUACAUCACAUUCGGCUAGAGACGUUGAUUCCGAUAUUUUUUCAUCAUUGAUAUUUAUUUUGGACUUUAUUUGCCCCAUGACUUAUGUCUAUAAAAAUCAUUUCUGUGAGAGGUGAACUUGAUUCAUUUAUUUUUUAAAAAGCAUAAUUUGCUCCAUUAAGUAUGAGUUUUAAUAUAGUUUGAAAUCUGGAAUUGGCCAAACUGUGGUCAUUUUUCUUGCACAAAAUGAUAAAUGAGGUGCAUUAGAAUGUUAACAGUAACUGUAUUUUGCUGCUACACUGAUAUUGUUUAUGCACUUAUUUUCUAAUCAGUAGCUCAUUAACUGCUGGCUUUUUUUUUUUUUAACUAGAAUUCUUCACUGGACAUUAAGUAAAUCUAUGAAAGAGACUAUGUGAUGAUUCAUUGACUUAUUCAACUUUUGACAGCAUCUUUGUUUUUUCAAAACUGCAGGCAAGUAGAUGCACUGGUGCUGCUUUGUGUGUGUGUAUGUGUGCGUGAUAACGUCGAAGAAGGCUAAAUAACACGAAGGGGGGAAACGGUGUGUUUAUUUAAUGACCAGAAUUUUUUUUUACUUCUCCCAAAUUCAGGGCCCUCCUGUGAGUCUUUCCUGCUAAAAGGUAUCAAAUACAAAUGGGAAAAUAUAUACAUAGGUAGAUGUAAGUUCGCCUUUGCUUAAUGAAUUUACCCAGAAAGUGUUCAAAUAUUGAUUAAAAUUGUAUGUUUUGUUGUUGUU